AUGUCGAGCUUCACGACGGAGCGGCACAGCUCGACGCCGCCGGCACCAACCCCCAAAGGCGGCAGCCACGACGUCAGCAGCGUCAGCACCCCGACGAUCAGCUCGCCCCGUCCGCUCCCCCACGACGGCAAAACCCCCGGGGCGGCCUCCACGCCGCCGCCGCCGCCGCCGCCGCCAGCAGUCUCCGAGCCGAUCCCCGACCCGGGCGAGGCCUGGCUCCCCGAACUCCUGAGAGACAAGUCCACGCAGGACCUGGCCGACGUCCUCGCCAGCCCGGCGCUGCUCAGCGCGCUAGCCCUCGCGCCGGCCUCCGCGCACGGCAGCACCACGACGUCCCGCGCGAACCUCGCCGCGGCCGCAGGCGCAGCUGCUGGCGACGCACGCGCUCGAGCGGCAGUGGCGCCAGCGGCAGUCCGACAUGGACCACGCGCUGGCCCCCUUCUCCCCGGCCUCGCUGUACCAGCGGCUGGCGCAGGGCGUGCAGGAGCAGGCGCUCGUGUGCCAGGCCAUGGAGGAGAGCUUCCUCGAGGGCGGCGGCGGCGCGCCGUCGGAGCGCGAGGUCGCCGACUGGAUCCGGAGGUACAGGGAGGCCAAGGUGCUGUGUUACCUGAGGCAGGAGAGGAAGGAGAGGUGGGACGAGGGGAGGGUCGGCGGGUGGCGGUGAUGCAAAGGAUAGAUGGAGAUGAUGGUGGGGGGACGACGACGACGACGGCAACUACGACAUGUUUUACAUGA